AUGGAUUUGGGAGAUUGCAACAACAAAAAGUUGUGCCUGUACUGCAAGAAGAAGCACAAAACCACAGACCCCAACUGCCCCGAAUGGAACAAACAGAGGAACAUCAAAACAAUCAUGGCGAAAUCCAACAUGACGUAUCUUGAAGCAAAGGAACUGAGCCCAAUCUUCACACAGAAUCGUUACGAUUUGCUGGAGGAACUGUCGGAGUCACCAACGCCAGCCGAGAGCUUUGCUGCCAUGGUAGCAGGAAAGUACAAAACAAAGGAUCAGAACCAGUACAAACCGCAGCCGCAGAAGAACAAGAGAGCCAUGAAGGAUGUGAACAUUGCAGAUUCCGUCACAAUCUACGCGGACAAGAAGCAGAAAACUGACAAACCUGUUGAGCAGACAGGCGUCGCGCUGUUCAAUAGGUAUUCAGUGUCAGAGUUUGAACGAUUUGCAGCUCAGUUCGAGAAGCAACGACAACAGUUGUUGAACGAACAACUCUACAAAACAAAUUCAAGAAGCACCGGACCAGCGGUCAGGAAAAGUUCGGCCAAACAGCGAGAUCAUCACGCUCACAGUCAGAUGUACCGUGGCAAGACGAGAGGGAAUCGAUAG